UCAUCACUAACAAUCUUUUCACAACUACUAGUGCAAAGAAGAGAUCAUCCACAACCUCUAGUAAUUUCAGCAAAAACUUUCCAAAAAAAAAAACAUUCUUAAGACAUGGAGUAUACAUCAAAGAAGUUGGUUUUCCUCGUAGUUCUCCUGGUUUUCGCCGCGGGCAUGACGAACAUUGGAGCAGAAGAAGGCAGCAAAGCGAGCAUCCAGCUGGUGAAUCCGCCUGUAUGCAAAACUCCAUGCCAGGCUCCAAGGUGCCACUGCUACUUCGGCGGUUGCAUUUGCGGGCGCGGUCCCCCGCCGCCGACGCCUUCCGAUUGCUUGGCGCCGCCGCUGAUAAGCACCUCGUAUGAUCAAAAAAAGAAGAAGCAAAGGAGAGAAAAAAACAGUUGUUCCGAUGUUGAUUUUGUUGUUUAGUUUGUUUUACAGUAUAGAUUAUUAUAGUAAUAAGGAUCAAUAUGUAGCGAUCUAUUAGCGUAAAGAGUUCCAUAACAGAGUAGAACAGUAUACAACAUGAUGAUUGGGGAGACCAACCAUUAUGUGUCGGCGUUCUUAAUUCAAUAUAGUUGCUGUCUGUUGGUUGAUGAAGCUUGAAGCAAGUUAAUAUGGUAAGAGAUUAAAAGGCUUAACUAUUUUUUUUUCAAUAAUUUGAGUUAUUGGUACCAAGUGGUUAGUUCGCCAACAUGGUAUUAAUUAGAGUGUAGAACCGAAAGUUCGCGUGCAACUCUAAACCUGAACCAAGAGUUUUCAUCAAAUUAAUGAAUAUAAUCCCUGAAUCAACACCUCCCGCUAUCUCUGAUGAGUCACCACUUCUAAAUCUUCUUUUAGCGAGACAUCCAGGAGUUGUCGAUUGCACACCGGGAGCAACACUUCUCUAGCACUACUCAUUUUUUGUAAUAUUCUGACAUUUUCUAAUCAAAAUAUUGUCCGGUUUAGGUCUAUCCCACACGAUAUUGCUUUUUGGACAUAUCAUGAUGACUUCUUGGGAGAUUAUUUAUCUUUGCACUAAUGAAAGUCAACUACAUACAGUUCCACAAUAAGCACCUUUAAGUUCUUAAUUCUUAAAAGAAUUCAUUUGUUUCCCUUCAAAACUCAUACGGUUAUUUAAAGUUGAAUGUUCCUUGUGAAUUAUAGAUCUCUAACGUAUUUGGUCCUUAUUGAAUUUGGCUAAAGUUUCACAAGGUAUAAUUAUAAGGAAGAAGUGCUAUAGGUUUUUGUCUUUAUGGUACAACUUGAAAUUGUACAUUUAACGUUAUGGUACAACUUCAGAUUGUACCUAUACUUUUGUACAAAUUUUUUUUUAUGGUACAACUUAAACUUGUACCUUAUGUGAUGAUACAACUUCAAAUUGUAAAAUCGUACCAUAACAUAAUGAUACAAAUUCCUUUAUGGUACAACCUAAACUUAUACAUUUAAUAUUAUGCUACAACUUCAGGUUGUACAUUAAAGCACCAAUGUUAUAUAGCAUAGUAGAAGUGCUCUUAUUAGAAAAACUGUUGAUCAUUAUUUUUACGGCGAAUUAUGAUCAAGUCCAAUUGUACCGUUUUUCUUAUUUUCAUCUACACAAAAAAAAACAAAAAAAAAUUAGACUUAAUAGAUAAUUGUACUUCUUAUUGCCCUUUUCUAUUGAUACAAUUCUCCAUAUUUUUCUAUUAUAAAAAAACUCCAUAUUUCCUUCUUCUUUCUUAAUCCAAAAAGGGUUGAUUUUGUUAUCAUGGAAUGUCUUAAUAGUAGCAGAAAAGAACAUGCUUAGCAUUUCAUUUCUUAUCGGAAAAUAGUCUGAAUACAUAGUAUCAAAAAAG